AUUCCUCUCUUCGGUUGGAAGAGGAAAGAGGACGGAAAGUAUUUCGAAGCAUCUGUAAUGAUAAGUGGACCGCACUUUUUAGCAUGCACCAGUUAUACGAUCUAUAUAAAAUUAGUGGUUCUGUUUAGCUCCGUCCAUUCGCGGCUAUUUACUUGCUCCAUUACGGUCACGUUCGGGAUCGUUUACGUCGGAUUUGCUGCGUUCGUGAAGGAAUCCGUUAGUGAAAGAGAAAAAAAGUGCCGCACUACGUCUCCAAAAAGACCGCAUAUCCAUCAGCGAAAACAGAAACACGAUAUCACGUAUCAAUGUUAUGUUUUUCGUAUGAUAAUUCUAUCACGUGGUAAACAAGACGCAGGUUGAAGCGCGCGACGAUAUCGAGCGUUAUCGCACUUUGUAGUAUACAAUUCUUUCGAUGGUGCCGACAGUUCCUAAACUAAUAUGAGGGACAACGAGCGAUUAGCAGUGGUUUAUGUGGCUACGGACGAGAAGCAAUUAAAUAUUGCCUUGCCGGUCGACGAUACCGUCGAAGAUCUGUGCUUGAAGACGUGCAAACUUCUCGGGAUAGGUCCAGUAGCAAGGCAUCUAUUUGCAUUACGAAAUUAUUCGUCGAAACUAUGGUAUCCCUGCGGCCACAAAUUGGAAAGCAAAGAGAAAUUCGACUUUCGCUUGCGAUUCAAGCCAUCCAGUAUAGCCAGACUGAAGCAGAUCGACAUAAAGGCUUACGAUUAUUAUUUCCAGCAAGUUCGCACAGAUAUAAUGAACAAUAAAGUACCUGACAUCAUUUACGAGAAGCACAAAGACGAGCUAAUCGGCUUAGGUGUCAGCGACAUGUACAGAGUAAUGCUCGAGGAACAACUAUCGCAAGAAGUCGUGGAAUCCGACUACAAGAAAUAUAUUCCGAAGGAAUGCGUGAGGAGGCAUGCCUUCUUCGUCAAGAAACCCAUUCACCGAGCGUUUACCCUGUUAGCCCAGUUAUCUGGACACGACGCUUCAUACGUCAAGGAGGAAUACUUGAAGCAGUUUGAGUGCAUGGCACCAAACUACCCGUACGAAGAGUACAAAGCACUGAUGGAUAAGGGAGUUCCCAAUCCACCGGCUAAAGUCUUACUUAGGGUUAACAUAGAGGAGCUGAAGUACUGUGAGGUUCAUGCUAGUAAUACUGCAUGGAAUACGCUUUGUGCCAUAGAGGAUCUCUGUUUCAUUUCUAUAAGAGAAGACAACACUGUAGAAAUCUCGAGGAAGAACGGCAUACCGUCGUACUUAAAAUUCAACAUGUACGCGAUGAUGUUGUCCUUCGUAUCCGCGCUGGACGGAUAUUACCGUUUGUCCGUUAAAUGGACAUUUAAUCUCUGUAGAAACGUUAUCACGCCCAGCUUGGAGAGGCUGCACAAGUUGAAGUGCCAUGGACCAGUCGGAGCGGAGUUUUCGUCCGCGAAACUCAAGGAGAAACGUGCCAACAAACCGGGAACGUACGUAUUACGCGAGAGCGAGGAUGCUUACAACGUGUACUACAUCGACGUCUGCGGUAAGGACGGGAAAGUGUUAUCGCAAAAAGUGGAGCAGACCGUGUCGAACCAAUUCGUGAUUCCGGACAGUAGUACGCAGAGCUACGAAUCCCUGGGGCAGUUGAUCUCCUCGUUCCAAAAUUCCGACAAUUCGUUCUGCCUCGAAGAGUGCUUACCACCUUCAGAAUAUGAUAAGUCACCGUUACUAAUUUGCGCCUCUGAGAAUAUCGCGAGCGAGGUAGCGGCGGACGAGAAGUUAAUCGCCACUCUGCUGGAAGGCGGACCACGAUGCGUGCCGCCCAAUCAGUUGCAAAUAUACAAAGCGUUCCAAAGUAGCAAAAGCGACGAGAAUUUAACAUGCGCUAAGUCGGCAACGAGGAUGCACCGUGCCAUGUGGCGAGUCGCUAAGGGUAAAAAACUCGAGAUUGCGAUAAAACUACUCAAGUCAGAGGAGAGCAAGCAUACGAAAGAGUUCCUGACACUGACGGGCAAAUGGAGCCAACUGAGGUCGAGCGCCCUAGUCAGAUUGUACGGUGUAACGGUGGAUCCGUCGAUCGGGAUGCUGUUCGAGUUAGUGAAGCUGGGUCCGCUGGACAAAUAUCUGCGCAGCAAUCCUGUGGAAGCUAUAAAAGAGGUCGAUCUGGUGGAAGCCACCACAUGUUUGGCGACAGCUCUUUGGCACUUGGAGGAUAAUCACGUGGUUCACGGGAAAAUAAGAUGCGAGAACGUUCUUGUGCAUGUGCAUACGGAUAAUAGCUUUAUUGUUAAAUUAGCUGAUCCUGGUCUCUUCACUUAUACCGAAGCCGACUUACAUUGGAUACCGCCAGAGUGCCAUAAUGAUCUGGAGUCCGCAAAGAGCAGUUCUCAAGCGGAUAUAUGGGCGCUGGCCACAACCAUUUGGGAAAUGUUCUCCAGAGGAAACAUCCCUCGCCCACCCUUAAAACCCGAGGAAGUUGCUCUUCUCAAAAUGGAUUAUCAGAACGGAAAACGAUUACCAAAGCCUGACGAUUAUUGCAAAUACCGAAACGAUUAUUACAAAUGCUCAAACGAUUAUUACAAAUGCCCACCCGAAGUCUACAAGCUAAUGAUAGAAUGCUGGGGUGAGAAUGGCGCAUCAAGGAAGCAACCUCAGGCUAUCAUGCGAGAUAUCAAUCAGAUUCUCUAUCAAGUAUACAACUCCCGUAAAACCCACGCGUACGCUACCGCGUUUCCUAAACUUUCCAGCGAUGAAGACGACUCCAGUCGGAGUAGUCGGAGUAUGGAGGAUACCAUCAGCUGCAGCAGUAAACCGUAUGCGAGCGACCCGUUGAUAGAUAAUACCAGCUCGAACGGAAACGGAACAGAUGAUUCUACCAGACAACUGGUAAAUCCACGUGAGGAUUACGUCAGCAGUUUGGAUGAUGUGUCGACUCAGUUAAGUUGGGUUACUUCAUUCCAAACACGAAGCAACACGAUGGGAUUCAACAAUGGAAGCAUUGAUAAUGGCAGUGCUGAUGGCAGCAGCAACAGUAGCUCCCUCCAGUUCCAGAAUCUGGAGAUGGAGGGCUUCGAAGUGAUCCUGCAGGGACGUAUAGGCCAAGGUUUCUACGGUGAAGUGUUCAAAGGCACGCUCGAAAAGAAUGGCCAGAGCAUUCAGGUAGCCAUCAAGAAGCUCAAGUCGCAAGUAGACGCAAACGUGAAGGAUCUGGAGAGGGAAAUUGAUAUCAUGAAGAACCUUAAGCAUCCGAACAUUGUGGAGGUCCUGGGCGUUACAACGGCAUCCGAUGGUGAUUGCCUGGUGAUGGAGUUCAUCAAGCACGGUUCACUGCAGAGUUACCUGAAGAUUAAUCGGGAAAUAAAAGACUGCCUCACGCAUAAAAAGCUGCUAACUUUCGCCUUGAAUAUCGUAUCAGGCAUGGAAUACCUCGGCUGCAUGAACAUCGUUCACCGAGAUCUAGCAGCAAGGAACAUUCUGGUAGCGGACGAAAAUCUGGUGAAGAUCAGCGACUUUGGUCUUGCGCAAUGGACCAAGGAUGAUUAUUACAUACUUCAAACAAACCGUGAUCUUCCAAUAAAAUGGUACGCACCGGAGAGCUUAAGCAAUGGCAAAUUCUCGUGGCGCUCGGACGUGUGGUCGUUCGGCGUGACGAUGUACGAGACCUUCAGCCAUGGCGAGGACCCAAAGCUGCCGGGCUUGAACGGCAGCGAGGAGGAAGGUAGUGCCGAGGUGGGACAGGUGCUGGCUGUGUUGGAACAGGGCACCCGUCUUCCUUGCCCACCCACGUGCCCUCAAGAAGUAUACGUGAAGCUGAUGAAUCCAUGCUGGAACCUACAGAGCCACGAGAGACCAGACUUCGUCACCCUGCGCUCGGAAAUCCAGAAACUACUCCAACAAUACUAGAUACCUCUUCGCAGCUUUGCAUGCGAUUCGUUUAUUGCUAUUUUAAUAUGUAUAGAGUGUCUUGACGCUUUUAUUUUAAUGGGAGAUUCUUCAACAUGUCGAAAGCUGAGUUGUUUUCCUCGGGAAACAUCUCUUCCGUCUUCAUUCCUCUAUGAUUUUACCUAGCAUAUAAAUAAUAACUGCUCUGUAGAAAGUAUUCAUAGUGGUGUACUCCGAUAUUUGUUUUGGAGUAAUUUUUUAAAUAAAAUAGCUCAAAAGAAAACCCAAAGAAUCUACCAUUAGAAAUAUAAAGAAUGAUAUACUUCUUAUAGGAGGGAUAUAUGUAAUCGACAAUUUUUCGUCGCUAUUUUAUUAUGUACUGUGUGAAAUACAUGACUUGAGUAUUUUAUCUUAUAUC